GAGUGAAUGGAUGAGUGAAUGGAUGUGUAAAUUGCAGUGAAAUGGCAGUGAAUUGGUGUGGAUUAAGACACAAAUGCAUUGAAUUGAUGGUCACCCUCGACCACAUGUGCAUCCAAUCCAAGAGAUGCACUCAUUUCAAGUUCAGACCCGUUCAGCACAAGCAACAGAUGUCUGUUAUCCACAAAUUGGUGGCCAAUAACACAGACAAUGUUUUGGCAAAACUCAUGCAAAACAAACCAAACAUCAUAUCCAAGGGGUCGCCUAAUAGGAGGGACAGUGACCGGAGUGACCACCAGAGCAGUGAUAAAGUGAUGACCAGAAGAAUGACUGUAUUGAACAAACAGCUUCUUCAGGCCAUUUCAGACGUGCUCUCAACCGAACAAAUCGGCGAUGAGUUGAAUGAACUCCAGGUCCACAUCACUCAGGUCAGAGUUAAUAAGCGCUGCGAUUCUGCGAAUGUCUAUUGGAUCUCAAAAUGUGAUGAAACCGAAAGAGUGGUCCAAAUGUUGGACCAAAUGAAGGGACGAUUACGUCAACACGUGAUGGACAGGCAUUUGAUGCAUUCCGUGCCGUGGAUUCAGUUUGUAUUAGACGUCUCACAAAAUCAUUGCCAAGAAGUGGACAGAAUUCUGAAGAAAUGCGAUUUCGGGCCCGACUUCGAGCCCUUCGACGCGACUAUGUUUGAGACGCCGUACCAAAGGGUCAGUCGAUUGGAGGGGAAGACGAUCGUUGAGACGCCACCGAAGGCUCACAAUAUAGACGAAGUCUAUGACUGUCUGACACUUAAGAAGCCAAAUGAUAUGCAAAUGAAUUGUUUGGGUCUUAACUAUGAGAUGAUUAUGAAUAUUGUUUUAUCAAAUCUUAACAAAUCUCGAGCACAACACAGAAGUUUCAAUGCAGUGGCGGAUCCAUUGCCACCACCCGACUGGUCAGUUGAGCCACCAGUGCCUCAGCCCAAUGAAUCGGAUGCCAUCUAUAACACCGAUGAGAGGAUUAGAGUCAUGAAAAAGUUUUUAGUGGAGAACCGGAAGAAGAGGGAGCGGUUGUCCCGGUCUCUCAAACGCUCAAUCAUUUUGGAUGAAAUGCAAGUCAGUUGUCAUUUGAGUGAUGCUUUCGAUAGAUAUGAACAAAACGCAGAGCAUUUCGAUGAAGAGUUCACUCAAGACUUGGAUUCCACUUUAGAUCUGGAAGACGCGUCCAAUGAGUCAAAUGAUACACAAAAUGAAAAUAUUUAG